UUCACCUGAACUGAGGGUCUGGAGCGAGAGUCGGGGCUGACGGGGCGGACGAGGAGGCGCCGUCCCCGUGGCCCAGGCGGCUCUGAGGCUCGGUGACGCCGCCUGGGGCCCCGGGCCACGGAGCGCCGCGCCCGGCGCCUCGUCUCCUGCCGCUCCCGAUCCCGGCCGCCCCCAAGGCCGAUGGCGGCGGACGCGCGGAGGGAGCCGGCUCAGGACAGUGUGACAUUUCACGAUGUUGCUGUGUACUUCUCCCGGGGGGAAUGGAGGCUCCUGGAUGAGGCUCAGAGACGCCUGUACCUGGAUGUGAUGCUGGAGAACUUUGCGCUUUUAUCCUCUCUGGGUUGCUGCUGUGGAGCAGAGGGUCUGGAGGCUCCCUUUGAACAGAGCAUUUCUGUAGAAGUUCCACUUGCCAGGACUCCCGAGGCAGCUCCAUCUUCUCAGAAGACCCACCCCUGUGAGAUGUGUGGUCCAGUCUUGAGAGACAUUUUCCACGUGGCUGAGGAGCAGGGAACACAACACAACCUGAAACCAUUGAAUUGUGGAGCUUGUGUGAAACAGUUUUACAUCAGAGCAAAGUUUCAACAUGACCAGGCGCAGCAUAUGGGAGAGAAACCAUUCAGAUGCAGUGUGGACAUGGCCUCAUUUGUGAAGAGCAGCAGAUUCCAUGUGUCAAGGAAUCCCUUUCCCUGGGGGGAGGUUGGGAAGGACUUCCUGGCCAGCUUGGGAUAUCUCAAACAAGAGGUCACUCACACCAGGGAGAAGCCAAAGAAACUCACCCAGUGUGUGGCCACUUUACCAAACAGAAGAAGGCGUUACAUCUGGGGAGAACACAGGAAAGACUUCAACCCCAAACACACGUUUGUUCAGGAUCAAGGUGUCCAAAUGGGAAGACAGUGUUUUGAGUGCCAUGAAUGUGGGAAAACAUUCAGGUACAAAUCCUCAUUUGUUGUGCACCAGAGAGUCCACACUGGGGAAAGGCUUCAUGUGUGUGGAGAAUGUGGCAAAUCUUUUAGGCGAAGCUCAACCCUCAGUCAACAUCAAAGAAUUCAUACUGGGGUAAGACCAUGCAAGUGUAGCAAAUGUGGGAAAUCCUUAAGCCACCAAUCUGUCCUUGUUCAUCCCCAAAGAUGUCAAAAUGGAGAAAACAGUUACAUGUGCAGUGAGUGUGCAAAAUCUUUUACCCAUAGCUCGGUGUUCAUUCAACACAGGGGAGUUCGAAUUGGAGAGAGGCCUUAUAAAUGUAGUGACUGUGCGAAAUCUUUUACCUCUAGCUCUGCCCUCAGUUAUCAUCAGAGAUCUCACACAGGAGAAAGGCCUUAUGAGUGCAGUGAAUGUGGGAAAUCUUUUAUCUCUAGGUCUGACCUCCGUUAUCAUCAGAGAGUUCAUUCUGGAGAAAGGCCUCACGAGUGCAGUGAAUGUGGGAAAUCUUUUAUUACUCGUACUGCUCUCCGUUAUCAUCACAGAGUUCACACUGGAGAAAGGCCUUUUGAGUGUAGUGAAUGUGGGAAGUCCUUUACCCGAAGAAAUAACCUCAUUAUACACCUAAGAGUUCACUCAGGAGAAAGGCCUUAUGAAUGCACUGAAUGUGGGAAAUCUUUUACCUUUAGCUCCAGCCUUCGUUAUCAUCACAGAGUUCACACAGGAGAAAGACCUUAUGAGUGCAGUGAAUGUGGGAAAUCUUUUAAUGAUAGGUGGACACUCAUUCGACACCGGAGAAUUCACACUGGGGAAAAACCUUAUGUGUGCACUCAGUGUGGGAAAUCUUUUACCUGUAGCUCCACCCUCCAGUAUCAUCAGCGUGGUCACCUUGGAGAAAGGCCUUAUGGGUGCACUGAAUGUGGGAAAUCUUUUACCACCAGCUCUGCCCUCCAUUAUCAUCAGAGAGCCCACACAGGAGAAAGGCCUUAUGAGUGCAGUGAAUGUGGGAAAUCUUUUAUCUCUAAGUCUGACCUCCAUUAUCAUCAGAGAGUUCAUUCUGGAGAAAGGCCUUAUGAGUGUAGUGAAUGUGGGAAAUCCUUUAUCCGAAGAAAUAACCUCACUUUACACCAGAGAGUUCACACAGGAGAAAGGCCUUUUACGUGCAGUGAUUGUGGAAAAUCUUUUAACAAUAGGUGGACACUCAUGCAACACCAGAGAGUUCACACAGGAGAAAAGCCUUAUGUGUGUGGUGAAUGUGGGAAAUCUUUUACCUGUAGCUCUACUCUCUGUUAUCAUCAGAGAGCUCAUGCGGGAAAAAGGCCUUACAAAUGCAGUGAAUGUGGGAAAUCUUUUACUUCUAGUUCCACCCUUCGUUAUCAUCAGAGAGUUCACACAGGAGAUAGGCCAUAUGAGUGCAGUGAAUGUGGGAAAUCUUUUACCUCUAGCUCAGGCCUCCGUUAUCAUCACAGAGUUCACACUGGAGAAAGACCCUAUGAGUGCAGCGAAUGUGGGAAAACCUUUAAGGACAGGUCACAAUUCAAUAAACACCAGAGAGCUCACACUGGAGAAAGGCCUUAUGAGUGUAAUGAAUGUGGGAAAUCCUUUAGCCAAAAAUCUUCCCUCUCAAUACACCAGAAAAUUCAUAAUAAAGAAAGAUCUUAUGAGUGCGGUGAAUGUGGGAAAUCUUUUACCUCUAUCUCAGGUCUUGCUUAUCAUCAGAGAGUUCACUCGGGAGAAAGACCUUAUGAGUGCAGUGAAUGUGGGAAAUCUUUUACUAACAGCUCAAUACUGAUUCGACACCAGAGAGUUCACACAGGAGAAAGGCCUUAUGUGUGCAGUGAAUGUGGGAAAUCUUUUACAAGUAGCGCCACCCUCUCUUAUCAUCUGAGAGUUCAUGCAGGAAAAAGGCCUUAUGAAUGCAGUGAGUGUGGGAAAUCUUUUACUUCUAGUUCUACCCUCCGUUAUCAUCAGCGAGUUCACACAGGAGAUAGGCCUUAUGAGUGCACUGAAUGUGGGAAAUCUUUUAUCUCUAGCUCCAAACUCCGCUAUCAUCAGAGAGUUCACACAGGAGAAAGACCUUACGAGUGUAGUGAAUGUGGAAAAUCCUUUAGGGAUAGUUCUCAAUUCAGUCAACACCGGAGAGGUCACACUGGAGAAAGGCCGUAUGAGUGCAGUGAAUGUGGGAAAUUUUUUAUGCGAAAAUCUACCCUUUCUCAACAUCGGAGAGUUCACACUAGAGAAAGGCCUUAGAUGGGCAGAGAACGUGCAGUUUCCUUUUCAGUGGAAUGACACCAGUGCAAACUCUGAGGAACCAUCUGUUGGAAUUGAUUCUCAUACAUCUGAACAUGCACACUGGGGAGAUUUCCUCUAAGUUUCAGUUGUGUGGGAAGUUUGUGUAAAUAUAUGGCCAUUUCUAACCUGUCCAAGGCUCUUUCCAGGUUUGUGUCAAACUCCUGGUUUCUGUGGUUGAAACCAUUUCACUUCUACCACCUGGCAGGUCCACACAGUGUGUCUUGUCAGUUACUACCCCAGUGUGCUCAAGGAAGCUGACCUCUGUUCUCCCAUGUGUUAGAGGAAGUUAGGAAUAGUCUGAGCCCUCAGGGGUCAGCUUUCCCUCUGCCUUGACUGCCUUCCACAUGGACCUGAGUCAGUGUUGGUGCAGAGAAUGACUACCUUUUUCAGGGACGUGUGGUCUCCACAUUACCCUUGUGAUGAUUUUUUUCCAGCUUCCAAGUCACAAACUCAAGUACUGCCUGCUGCCUGUUGCUUUGUCUUGUACAAUAUCGAAGGCCUUAUAGUUUAAGUCCUCCUUAAUCUUACAUGUUUUAUUUACUCUGUGGGGUAGUUUGUAAACAGAUUUUGCCUUUACAAGCAUGAAGGGUUGAACAACUUUUUAGGUGUCUCAAACUUAGUGUGCCUGAGGAGAGACAAUGUGAUGGCAGAAAAUAACUUGUCAGUUUUAACCAAAUUUCUAUUGCUCCCACAGCCUCCCAGAAAAGACUGCAGUGUUUUCUGGUUCUCAUAUGAGGCCUGAAUGCUGUGAUUCAGGAGGCUCAGUGAUGACCCUGAGGAAAGGGUUGGUGUGAGAACCUCAAGUGAGUCUGAGGGCAGCAUGAACUUUUUCCCUUCCUCACAGGAGGUCUCACCAGACGUCAGCACUGUGGAGGGGAUAUCUUCCCCAUCCACAAAGAGCCGUGUGGCCUGAUGUCCACAGUUCGUUGGGUGAGAGUCACUGGUUGUAAGACUAUUGGGUCCAGGAGAAACUAUAAUUGGUAGAGAAACACUGGCUUAACAGGGAGUGGAGGAGACUGCAGCCAGCUGGAUGGAAUGUGCCUCUUCUGAAAAUGCAUCCAGAAGUGGUUCUGUGUUGGUGACUUGUGGCAUCAGUUUGUACACAAAUCUUGGAAGCUCCAGGCAAGUUUAUCUUGUGUAGCUGAAGUCACUGUCCAAGAAUGUAAUAAAAAUUGUUGAAAAGUU